CGAAGAGAAUGGUUCGGAUAGCUCCCCUGGGCUAUAAAUAACCUUCAAUUCAGCAAACCAUGCAUCUUCAUCUUCCCUUUGUGCAACUUCAAUGUCUAGUCCAUGGUUCAUGGAUCUUUGGAGCUUCCUUCAAUGCUCCUAUCCAGAAAUCAUCAUAGCCGUUGCUGUUUUCUUCCUUGUUAGAAGCAUAACUAACAAGGACACAGUCCUCGUAAACUGGCCCAUCGUCGGCAUGCUCCCAUACCUUCUCCUGAACGUCAAUCAACUGCAUGAUUGGUACACUGAAGUCCUCCGCUCAUGCGGUUGCACCAUUCUCUUCAAAGGCCCGUGGUUCGCCCGCAUGGAUAUGUUGAUCACAUGCGAUCCCGACAACGUAAACCAUAUCUUAAAUACCACCAACUUCUCCAAUUACCCCAAAGGCGACGAUUUCUCGGAGAUUUUCGAAAUCCUCGGUGACGGCAUCCUCAACGCCGACUAUGAGUCAUGGAGGAUCCAAAGGAAGAUGGCCCACUCCCUUGUACGGUACAAGCGGUUCCGCCGCUUCGUCGUCAAAGCCUGCAGGGAGAAGGUUGAGAAUGGGCUGGUCCCACUUCUCAGCCACAUUGCACAUCAAGUUCAUGCUGUGGACUUGCAAGAUGUGUUACAAAGGUUCACCUUCGACGUUACGUGUCUCUUGGUGUGCGGCACCGACCCUGGCUGCCUCUCGGCUGACUUCCCAACGAUCCCGUUUGCAAAGGCUGUUGAUGACGCCAAGGAGGUUAUACUGCUGCGACACACCGUGCCGACUAGCUGGUGGAAGUUGAUGAGGUGGCUCAAUGUGGGGGGAGAGAAGACGUUGACUGAUGCUAAGGAAACGAUCGAUCAGUUCAUACACCAGCAGAUAUCGGCUCGGAGAGAUGAACUGAAGACAGCCAAGAAAAUUAUAGAGGAGGGAGAUGAAGAGGAGGCGAUGGACUUGCUAUCGUCGUACAUGGAUUAUCAGCAUGGUGAUGAGAUGGACCGGUUGAAGUCAGACACGUUCCUCCGCGACACGACCUUGAACAUGCUGGUCGCUGGGAGGGACACUACCAGUGCAGCCCUAACAUGGUUUUUCUGGGUUCUUUCGAAAAACCCAAAGGUAGAAACCAAGAUCUUGGAGGAAUUGAGGUCGAUCUCACUGGAGAAGGAUGGGUUGAUCAGGGGAAAGAAGCCGAGAGUGUUCGACCCGGAAGAUCUCGGCGGGAUGGUAUACUUGCAUGCAGCUCUGUGCGAGUCGCUACGGCUCUUUUCACCAGUGCCGCUGGUGCACAAGGGCGUUUUGGAGCCUGACGUCCUCCCAAGCGGAAUAAAAGUUCAGCCAGGGAUGAAGAUCUUGUAUUCCUUGUUCGCAAUGGGCCGGAUGGAGAGCAUCUGGGGCAAGGAUUGCUUGGAAUUCAGGCCGGAGCGGUGGAUAUCAGAAGGUGGGAUGCCGAAAUUCAGCUUCAGUGACAGGUUCUUGGUUUUCAAUGCAGGGCCGAGGAGUUGCUUGGGUAAGGACAUCUCCUUCGUUCAAAUGAAAGCUGUUGCAGCAGCCAUGCUCUACAACUAUGAGAUUCAAGUGCUUGAUGACCAGGUUGUGGCACCUAGGAUUUCUGUCAUCCUUCACAUGAAAAAUGGACUGAUGGUCAAUAUCAGAGAAAGAUGUGCAUGAUGACAAUGAUGAUGGAUAUGUCAUCCAAGUCAGUGGUCACGAUGUCGUUGAUGAUGGGGAAUGAUGGUUCUGGUCAUAGUCAUGGUAUAACGAUGGUGCUUUAGUAUUUUUAAGUUACUACGGUAAAUAUCUGGGGUUGAUCUUGUGUUAGAUAAAAGUGAGCUCGCAAUGUCUGUGGACUAAUUGUGGUCCUGGAUUCCAACACUAUGUGAUGCCAUGUAUGUGUAGACAUGCAUUAAUGCCAAUAUGAGGUUGUUGUGU